CACGAUGCCACGUGAAGGCGAUGACUGAGAACCACCACCAUGGAUGGUAAGGUAGAGGAGCCUCCACCCAGCAGGGGAGGGAGCGCUUCGUUAGAUGUAGACGCACCUCUUUCUCUCUCUCUCUCGCUCUCCCUCUCUCUUCUGCGAAGAUGGUGAAGCUGGCGUCGGUGAGGGAAUGCCGAUUGUAUGGUCCGCCUCGGGUUAGGAAUAGAUGGGAGUACAUAAACGCGGGCUUGCACGUGUUCAGUGCCCUCCUGCUGGUUGCCGGAUUCGGGACUCUGCUCGCCGGGGGUGGUGUUGCCGGGCUGUAUAUGAUACUUGUUGCGUUGACCCUCAUGGCUGCCGUGAACGUGCAUGAUCUGGUAGCUCACCUGAUAAGUUUGGACUUCCGACUGCCAUUGAUGGGCUUGGAUGUGCAGUUCCUCACCGUGGAGCUUGCGUCUCCGCUCGUUCAGUUCGUGGGGUCCGUCCUUACUUUCUUGGCCAUCCUCUUCCUUUUGAUUGAGAAGAAGCGGAAAUUGGAAAAGCACGCCUCGACUCUAUUAAUUGCAGGCCCUGCUCUUUGGCUCGUGGGCUCAAUCCAGAACGCGUGCCAAGUAUACGAGAGGGCCGACGGUCUUCUCCAGGUCCUACAAAAGGGAAUCUACCUUCCCUUUCUCAUGGGAAGCCAACUACUCUUGGUUGCAGGAAUUCUCAACAGGCAAACUCCAAGUCAUUCAGCCCAUGGCCCAAGUCUUUUGGGAAGGACUUGGGCUUGGCUGGGGCUGAGUGGGAGCCUCUUGUACUUCAUUGGAGGGCUGGCGAACGUUCGUAAAGUGUUCAAGAUGCAAAGACUGGAUUGGACGAGGCUGGAGCAGUUGAGGGGUGUGGGGCGCGAAGGAUGGUGGAGGGAGAACGAAAUAAGGACGCCAUUAGUCGCUGCAGAGCAAAGGACAGUGAGUGUGAGCCAGGAGGGUGGUGCAGCUCUACCGCCUUCUUCUUCUUCUUCUUCUUCCUAUAAAGUUUCCUUGGCUGCCGGCCAACCCUGA